ACCCAGGUCAGGUCCCCAAUCCAAGAAGCCAUUCUACUGUCGAAAGUCUUCAAAGCUUCUCCAUUUCUCUCCUACCAGCAAUUACAACGCCAUCAGGGAUCAUGGACAUGGAUGAGUUCGUCAGCUGGUCGCCUCCGAAACCACAGAAGAAGUAUUACAUCCGUAAUGGUCGGCUAACCAGGGAUAAAAAUGGUAACACUAUAAUCAACGAGUUUGGGGAAAGCAGCAACCAUGGGAUGAUCGUUUUGGGGAUCGUUUUAGGCUUGCUACUGCUGUUCAUGGUGAGCAACUAUCUCGUAUACCGUUACGCCCAAAGGAAUUUCGCGUCACAAAUGAAGAAGAAGAAGAAGCCAGUCUCCAAGAAGAAGAUGAAGCGGGAGAGGCUCAGGCAAGGCAUUUCUGCUCCUGGAGAAUGAAUACAACAGUAAACUAAGUCAGUACAGAGAGACCAUGUUCGUAGCAACUUCUCUGCUUCUGGUGUAUGCAUGACCUAAUUCGGCAUCUCUGUUCUUUUCUUUAGUCUCUUGUGUUGAACAAGUUCAGUUGGUCGUAAAUUUGGGAGAUCAAUGUUACAUUUAAGCA